CUUUGAGGUAAAACAACCGACAAAUUCAGUCCUUGUGUAUACAUAGUGUAUUUUGCAAGGCUAAUUGUGUAGCUACAUGUGCAGAAGUAUGGAUCCAAUCAAUAACAUUCAAAUGCAUAUGAGCCCCGGGGGAUUUAGUACGCCCAAAAAGAACACAACCAUACCUCUCUUUUCUUCUUCUUUUACGCCUGAAUGUGAUGAGCAUUUGAAGCCUAAAGUGGGUAUGACAUUUGAAGGACUCGAGGCCGUGGAGAAGUUCUACAAGGCAUAUGCACAUCAAUCAGGUUUUGGCGUUCGUAUCGGACAGCAGAAAAAGAUUGAGAAUAAGGUGGUCCGGACUAAGCGUUUCAUGUGUAGUAGAGAAGGAUUCAAGUCAAAAGAUAUUAAGGAGAUUAAUGACCCCUUGAGGAAAAGACGUAAGCAGACAGACACGCGAUGCGGUUGUGAUGCUCAUAUAUUUGUUAGACUUUGUGGGGAGAACACCUACAAGAUAGACUCAUGGAUUGAGCAUCAUGUUCAUGGUCUUGUAUCACCUGAUAAGCGUCAUUUGAUCAGAUCCAAUCGUAGAGUUAGUGAGAGGGCAAAGAAUACUUUAUACACAUGUCAUAAGGCAAGCAUUGGAACCUCCCAGGCAUACAGGCUCCUGCAAGUUAGCGAGGGUGGAAUUCCGAAUGCUGGGUGCACAAAGAGGGACUUGCAAAAUUACUAUCGCGGACUCAGGUAUAAAAUCAGAGACGCAGAUGCUCAAAUGUUUGUGGCCCAAUUAGCUAGAAAGCAGGAAGUGAAUUCAACAUUUUUCUAUGAUUUUGAGGUGAAUGAUGAGGGGAACCUGGUGCGUGUGUUCUGGGCGGAUGCCACAAGCAGGAAGAACUAUAGUCACUUUGGUGAUGUGAUAUCCUUCGAUUCUACAUACACCACUAAUCAGUACAACAUGAUAUUUGCACCAUUUACAGGGGUUAAUCAUCACUUACAAAGUGUCUUUUUUGGUGCUGGAUUCUUAUCAAAUGAGAAGGAUGAGUCAUACAUUUGGUUAUUUCAGACCUUCCUAAAAGCAAUGGGAGGGGUAGCACCUAGACUCAUCAUAACUGAUGAAGCUGCUAGCAUCAAGAAUGGUAUUGACAAAGUUCUUCCAGCCACUAUGCAUAGGUUAUGCAUGUGGCAUAUAAUGGAAAAGGUGCCUGAAAAAGUUGGACCUUUGAUUAGGGAAGAUUCUGAAUUUUGGCCGAGGUUGAACUCAUGUGUUUGGGGUUCAGAAACUGCAAGUGAGUUUGAGUCACAAUGGAAUUCCAUCAUUACAGAUUUUGGGUUGGAGGAUAACGAGUGGUUAGCUAAGAGGUUUACCAUUAGAGAUACAUGGAUACCAGCCUACUUUAUGGAUAUAUCUCUUGCGGGCUUGCUCCGAACCACUUCAAGGUCAGAAAGUGCAAAUUCUUUUUUCAACCGUUUCAUUCAUCGUAGGCUUGCUUUUGUUGAGUUCUGGCUUAGGUUCGACACAGCUUUAGAAUGCCAACGUGAGGAAGAAUUAAUGGCAGACAACAGAAGCAUGCAUACCACCCCACAACUAUUUACGCCAUGGACAAUGGAGAAACAAGGUAGUGAGGUAUUCACAUAUGAGGUAUUCGAGAAAUUUCAGCUACAAGUUAUUGCUGCUAGAGAUCAUUGUUGUGUUCAGGGUAUUACACAAGGUGUGGGGUUAAAAACGGUGACCCUGAGAGGUCGAUCUGGUAAGGUUAGGGAGGUCUCCUAUGACACUACAACCAUGAUAGCAAAUUGUCCGUGCAAGUUAUUUGAGUCAAUCGGUAUUCCAUGUCGACAUAUUAUCCAAGCGUUGAGGAUUGAGAACCAAAAUGAACUUCCCAACUAUUACAUUAUGAAAAGAUGGCAGAAACGGUGCAAGAGGUAAAAAAUGCAUGCCAAUCAAUUUCUUAUUCUAAUUUCAAAAUCAUAGGACUAACAAUAUCUUAUUUCCUUUGCAGGGAGAAUGUUUAUGAUGAACAGGGGAACCUACUAGAAGAAAAGCCCACAGAUUCACUAGAUGCAGCCACGAGAAAGAAGAUUUCGACUGUACGUGAUAAGAUGGAAGAGUUGAUUCAAAAGGCAAAGCACUCAAAUGAAGGCAUGGACUUCUUAACAUCAAGUGUGUUGAGCAUUGAGGCGCCUUUAGACCAAAUGGUCCCUGCAGCCACACAGAACACUAGGCAAGACGAAUAUGAGGCUUUUAUUGGUUGUAAUAUUCCUACAGAAGUUGAUAUACAUCCACCAACUGA